GGGUGUGCACUCCUUCAGUACCAAAGAGAUCUGCAAUAAACUGUUGUCCUGGAUGUGAAAUGUUACCGUCAAUGUUCUAAUACUGAGUUAAACAGGAUUUGUCCAAAAAAACGCAUACACCUUCUGGCCAUGCUAGCACUUUGUCUGAAGCAGAAGAUGAUGCAGAUGGAGGAACAUCCUCUGCCAUUGUGCCCCCGCGGAGGCGAAGCCUAGGUGUGACUAGCAGGCCACCACUCCAGCCAUCACCCCGACGCUGCAUAUCGCUGGUUUCACCCAUGCCCCCACAACAACUGCGGUAUAGUCCUCCACGCUUUUCGCCACAAUCACCACAUCUGCCAGAGGACACCAAUCAAACUGAAAGUGACACACAACAGCAACAAACUGAGGACACAUUUACCCUACAGCUUAUGACAAUACCACCACCAUACGCCACACCCACAGAUUUACCAACCCAAACACAACCUCAAACACCUGAGCAGCACAUAAGCCCAAGCAUAGCCAUGUCACCGUCAACAGACCAGGCAUUUUGGUCCACCUGGGCCACACAACAAGCCCACACCACAGAAAGUCUGACAAAACAGACCCAAGCAUUAAUGAGUCUAGCCCAUCACAUGCCCCACCUAUGCAGAAGCAACAGUCGCUAACAUACGGAGCUCACUAGAUUGACCAAUACAGUCGAACUAAUGCGGGCAGACAAUACCCGCAUGCUAGAUACAUUUCAAAGAGUAAUGGACGACAAUAUAUGACUACAUCAAACAUACAUGAAAAUAAUACAAGCCAACCAAAUCACACAAGACACAAUGCUGAGAGUCAUGGAGAAUCACACGGCGGCAACUCGAGGCUUCCAUGGUACUAUGACGACGCUUACACAGCAUCUAAUGUAUCCAGAACAACAGACAAGCUUGAGUUACGGCACCACAACGCCCUUGGUGACACCAGUAACAUCCCCUCCAAGAUGCUCGAGCAGAAGUUGCCAACACACCAGAGGAAAAGGCCCAGCCCCUCAAGUGGCAGACCGCAUAAAUAGAUUGUCCAAAAAAACGCAUACACCUUCUGGCCAUGCUAGCACUUUGUCUGAAGCAGAAGAUGAUGCAGAUGGAGGAACAUCCUCUGCCAUUGUGCCCCCGCGGAGGCGAAGCCUAGGUGUGACUAGCAGGCCACCACUCCAGCCAUCACCCCGACGCUGCAUAUCGCUGGUUUCACCCAUGCCCCCACAACAACUGCGGUAUAGUCCUCCACGCUUUUCGCCACAAUCACCACAUCUGCCAGAGGACACCAAUCAAACUGAAAGUGACACACAACAGCAACAAACUGAGGACACAUUUACCCUACAGCUUAUGACAAUACCACCACCAUACGCCACACCCACAGAUUUACCAACCCAAACACAACCUCAAACACCUGAGCAGCACAUAAGCCCAAGCAUAGCCAUGUCACCGUCAACAGACCAGGCAUUUUGGUCCACCUGGGCCACACAACAAGCCCACACCACAGAAAGUCUGACAAAACAGACCCAAGCAUUAAUGAGUCUAGCCCAUCACAUGCCCCACCUAUGCAGAAGCAACAGUCGCUAACAUACGGAGCUCACUAGAUUGACCAAUACAGUCGAACUAAUGCGGGCAGACAAUACCCGCAUGCUAGAUACAUUUCAAAGAGUAAUGGACGACAAUAUAUGACUACAUCAAACAUACAUGAAAAUAAUACAAGCCAACCAAAUCACACAAGACACAAUGCUGAGAGUCAUGGAGAAUCACACGGCGGCAACUCGAGACUUCCAUGGUACUAUGACGACGCUUACACAGCAUCUAAUGUAUCCAGAACAACAGACAAGCUUGAGUUACGGCACCACAACGCCCUUGGUGACACCAGUAACAUCCCCUCCAAGAUGCUCGAGCAGAAGUUGCCAACACACCAGAGGAAAAGGCCCAGCCCCUCAAGUGGCAGACCGCAUAAAUAGAUGUGUGUAAGCAUGUGGGUGGAAUUUUCUUUGUUGACUUAAUUUAUGCAGCUUUGUGUGUAUUCCAAAUUCAGUUAUGAACACAAGUUUACAGUUAUAAAGUGUUUGUUCAACUCACCUAAUGUGCCAGUAAUAUCAAGGUACUGUCUUGUGUUUACUUUUGAGCAAUUACAUUACACGUAUAAUUGGAUAAUGUAAUCAUAUGCAAGCCAUAGAAGCGAGCAGAAUUCACAUAACAUAAACCACUGUAUUUGUGAUUUACAGCAGUAAUCAACCACUAAUCCAAAGACAAAUGGUAACAGUACCAGGGGAAUAUAGUAAUGCAUGUUUUUAAAAUGUAAAACACAAACCAUUAGAGCAGUGAUUUUCAACCUUUUUUUACUCGCGGCACACCGAACAAUAUUUUAAAAUUGCCAAGGCACACCAUCAGUUCCCCACAGGAAAAAACAAAACACACACAUUGGCCCUCACAGUAAAAAAAUAAAUAAAAUCCACACAUAUAUUGGCCUACACAGAAAAAACAAUCACAUUGCUCCCCACAUAAAUCAUGUUGCUCCCUACAUAAAUCCUAUUGCUCCACACAUAAAUCAAUCACAUUUCUCCCCACAUAAAUCCUAUUGAUCCCCACAUGUAUUAUUCACAUUGUUCCCCCCCAUAAAUCCUUAUUCUCCCCACAUAAAUUCUAUUGAAAUCCUAUUGUUCCUCACAGGAGAAAUAAAAUAACAAAUAUUAUCAGUUGUCCUCCUCCCUGUUCCUCAGUGGCUGGGGUUGUUCAUAGCGGAGUUCUGCGAAUACUGAGCAGCGAGCAGUCGGGAAGGUGUGGAUGUGGGUGGGCACGGAAAGCUGUGUAUGCAGGCGGGAACUGGAAAAUGUGUAUGCAGGCGGGUGGGCUGGCUGGGUGGUGAGACGCGGCGGCCGUACCUAUGAUAUCACAUCGUUUUCAAGUCAUAGGUCAUGGCCGGAGCACGACUGAUCCUCUAAGGAGAGCCCGGGCCAAUAGUUCACUCUGAAGGUGCAGUAAGCUGCUCUGGCUCCGCGGCACACCUUGCAACUGGUCGCGGUACACUGGUUGAAAAAGCCUGCAUUACAGCAUAAAUGUUUGGUACCUCCACUGUGUGCAAUGACAGGACAUACAAAGUUAAAGGACAUAAAAGUACACAAGGACACAACAAAGUGUAUUGUUGGGUUAAAAAUACAGCGAGGUUACAAAACAUACACUUACAAACAAACACUUAAAAAUUACAUACUUUAAAAAAAAAGUGUUCACAUGCAAACACGCCUGCAAAAAGCAGUUCUAUUUGAAAAUCGUACUUUAGUACGAAUCGAGCAGAUUUGCAGCAGAGUUGAAGGUAUUUACGGCUGAAAACACAAAUACGAAUCAGCAGUAAAUUACCGUAUUCUAUACAAUUACUGUCAAAAUUGACCAAUGAUGUAUUCAUUCGUAUUUGUGUUCAAGGCGGGGAAAAACAAUACGAAUGCUCAAAACGCGGCCGCAUAUCUGGGUUAGUAAAUUACCGAAACCACACUUAGAGGAAAUUACUGAAACCGAAUGGAUUCAAAUUAAAUCAAAACAUUAGUAAAUAUACCCCCAAAUGUAAAGUUUUCAAAGUUUGAUGAAUGAAGGGAUCAGGGGUGAAAUAUAAUCUCCUUCAUUACAAGAAUAAGGACUGAACCUGAAAUUGAAAUUUGACAUAAACUAAUUAAGGGAAACGACUAGUACACUUUGGAAGCAAAAAUUUACAUCUUCUCCAAAAAUGCAUUUAUGGGAAUUAAAUGUACAAAACUCCUUCACCUUCUGUAUGUACCUGUGUUUUGAAUUAAA